AUGAGGCAAAUGUCGGGGCAAUUAUACUCUUGCUCGCUGCGCCACUUGCAUUGGGCAAUGAAGUGCCUGGGCAUAAUUCCCCUCGGGCAGCACUUCUAUCUGAAAAUUGUGUGCAACCUGGUGAUGGUGAUCGUGAUCAGCAUUGCCAUCUUCUGGCGCUUCAGCUUCAACUAUGAGUUCAGCUACGACUUCCUCAACGAUCACAUGUCCCGCACCAUCGAUCUGAGCAACUUCGUGGCCCUGAUGUCCACCCAUUUCACCAUCGGGAUGGAGAUACUCUGGGGCAAUCGGAGCGCGGAAAUCGAGCAGCAAAUGGAGCAGAUCCUGCACGACCUGCGUGUCCACCUGGGCAGAGAGGGCAGCCUGCAGCGGAUACGCCGCUACUCGAUGGCCAUCUACGGAUCGCUGCUCGGCCGAUUCCUGAUGCUCUUCGGCGCGGCUGUGUACAACAACGAAGGUAUGGUCUACUCUGCCAUGUACUCGGAGCUGGUGCUGUUGCUGCGCUUCACGGAAUUCAGCCUCUACUGCGGCGUGGUGCUGGUGCUCCAUCAGGAGCUUUGCUCGACUGGCUCCAGUCUCCUGGUGGAGCUGCACCUAACCCGCUUCGAGCUGUGGCCCCAGCGCCGCUUCACAUUGGAGAAGCUCUCCCGCCUGCAGCGUAUCCACGGCCGCCUCUGGCAAACGAUCCGCCUCAUCGAGCGCAACUUUCAGCGCAGUCUGUCCCUCAUGCUGCUGAAGUUCUUCGUGGAUACGGCUUCCCUGCCCUACUGGCUCUACCUGAGCAGGAUCCAGCACACAAGAGUGUCCAUCCAAUACUACUGUGCCAUUGAGGAGUUCUGCAAGCUGAUGGAAAUCAUUGUGCCCUGCUGGCUCUGCUCCCGCUGUGACCUCAUGCAGCGAAAGUUCCGCUCAAUUUUCUACAGUCUGGCCACGGGUCGCCGCAACGGACAGCUGAAUGCCGCACUGAUCCGCAUUUGCAUCCAGCUGGGGCAGGAGAAGUAUCAGUUCAGUGCCGGAGGAUUCGCCUACAUCAGCACCGAAAUGCUGGGAACGUUCCUAUUUGGCGUGAUCAGCUACAUUGUGAUUGGCAUUCAGUUCAAUCUGAAUUUAAAUGCCAGCAGCUCCAGCAAACUGGCCUUAAAGGCUGCUGCAGCGGAUGCCCCAGUUUGA